AUGCGUUUUCUUCAAGUUAAUACAUUUGAAGAAGUUCAGAUGUUGAAACCUUCAGGAAAGCUAGCACUUCGUGAACCGAAACAGGGGGUGGAUAUCAUGGAUGAUGGUCCGCUUGAUGUUCUAGUUGUUCCAGGGCUAGGUUUUACUUUAGAUGGAAGACGUCUAGGCAGAGGAGCCGCAUAUUAUGAUAAGUUUUUAGCAAGCUACUUUGAAAGGUUUAGACAGAAGCCUUAUCUCAUUGGUAUCUGCUUCGUGGAGCAGCUUGUUGACAACAUCCCCACCGAACGUCAUGAUUGGAACCUUGACGAGAUUGUCAGUGGAAACAACCACUGA